CGGAGCUGCCACGAGAUAGCACGCGGCAGGGCUGCGGAGCUCGGAACGUUGAACGCGGGGGUCAUAGCUCCGUGAGCCUUAUGUACCCCAUCUUUGGCCUGACAUACUGUAUCCUCUUUGCUCUUGUGUUAUCGUUCGAUUUCUUUAUAUCUUCCUCUUAACCUCGCCAUGACUGUCAUACAUAUUGUCUUGUUUGAGUGGAAGCCUUUGGCAAGUCAUGCUCAGGUGGAAGAGGCAUGUAAUCGUAUGCUUGCAUUGCAAGACAAGUGCUUGAACGCAAGCUCUCAGAAACCAUACAUCAAGUCCUUCUCUGGCGGGAGGAACAACAGCAACGAGGGUCAUGCUAGUCCCUACACCCAUGGCUUUGUGGUAGAGUUCGAGAGCGAAGAAGACCGAGACUACUAUGUGAGCAAGGAUCCUGCACAUCAAGACUUUAUCAAAUUUGCUGGAGAGCUGCUACAGAAUAUCAAGGUGCUUGACUACGAGCCAGGGAAACUGUAGUGUUGUGAUAUGCAUAUAUACUGUCUAAUGCAUUCUAUACAAACAGGCCUAGCCUACCCAAUUGAACGCCAUAUGCAAUGCUGUGUCAUACCGCCCA